AUGCCUAUGUGGAAGAAAGAAAACAAAAGCGUUUAUUUUGCAAAGGGUGAAAAAAAAAACGUUAGCUGACCAAAACGACACCGGACACCCAAACCUGACAUCUGUGUUUCUUCCUUCUCCCUCGCUUCCUGCCUCGUCCUGAGUUAAACUCACCCUAACUCGUUCGUUCUUUGUCUCUAUCUGCCUUCCAGGUGAGUUACCUUCAUUACACUCCUUCUUUUCUUUCUUCUUUUCCAUCCCUAAUAUUCCUAUUCUACCCCUACUCACCUCUUCCAGCUACAUCCACCAUUCUCCCCCUUUUUGAAUUGUAGUGUGAUGUACAUGCCCAUACUUUCCGUGGUUGAAUAAUGGCUGUUGAGGCUUCUGAUAAACCAAACGUGCCCAAAAAAUUUGAUGAUGAAGAUGGACCAAUAACUUUCAAAAGAUACUCUAGCAAGAAGAGUCCUUUGCAUUCAGAAGUAAAGAAGAGUCCUUCUCAAAGUCACGCGGGACAGUCAAAUAAACAGAAUGCCAACGUGCCUUCUUCAAAUGGCCAAACUUCUGGCUUACAGAAAGGUAAUAUUGACUCAUCUUCUAAGGAAUCACCCAUGAAGCCUUCUGCAGGUAUCUCAAAAUCAUCAAAUUCGGCUGUCAACACCUUUAAUAAGUCACCUAUAGCAAAUUCAAAACCUUCAUUAGGGGAUAGACCAAGGCCUCUUCUGGGACAGAAAAUAUCCAUUGAUGCUGAGAAAGAAACAAAGUCUGUUGAACAAUCUACUAAAGGUUAUUGUGAUGAUUUGGAGGAUGAUGAUGAUAAUAAACCAUUGAGUUCUAGGUGGAAUAUAAACUCUAACCAUGAUAAUAAAGUAGCCCCUGUUUUUAUCAGGAAAUCUUCUGAAGACUCAGACUCAGACGAUGAUGAUGUCCCUCUAUCAGCAAAGUUUUUACAGAAUUCUAAAUCGGGAACAUCUAGCAAGAAUUAUGAUGACACUAAUAAGAGGCCUAUUUCAAAAGUUCAGAAAGAGUGACAAAAUGGUUCCAGCACAAGUAAUAAACAGCAAAGGCCAUCAACACUACCAGCUAAGAGACCACUAGAAAAUUGUGAUUCCACACACUCUUCGGUUAAGAAGUCCAAGGUCUCUGAUUCAGCUGCUUCAAUCAAAACUAAGCAAGUCUCUGCGAAGAAUCAGAUUAAGGUUGGCGAGGAAGAUGAUGAUGAUGAUGAACUUCCCAUUUCCCAUAGAUUGAAGAAAUCACCCACAUUAGCUGAUAGACCAUCUUCCACAAAGAAGAUAUCGACGAAGGUUACUAAAGUUAAUAAGUCUGGUUCAACAUCUUUUAAGAAACAAGCCAAUAACAAACAGACCAAGAACAAGUCAAAAGAUCCGGCAGUGGCUCAGAAUAUUCCAAAUCUACGAAACUUCUUCCUAGCUCUGGAGAUGGGCAGAAAAUGGACUACGCUGGUUCACAAUGGUGUCAUAUUCCCUCCUCCUUACCAGCCCCAUGGGAUAAAGAUGCUUUAUAAGGGGAGGCCUGUUGAUUUGACUCCUGAGCAAGAGGAGGUUGCUACAAUGUAUGCGGUAAUGCGAGAUACAGAUUACAUGCAGAAAGAUAUGUUCAAGGAAAAUUUCUGGAAUGACUGGCGUAAGUUGCUAGGAAGAAAUCAUGUAAUUCAGAACUUGAAAGAUUGUGACUUUACCCCAAUUUAUGACUGGUGCCAAAGUGAAAAGGAAAAGAAGAAACAAAUGACUACCGAAGAAAAGAAAGUUCUGAAGGAAGAAAAAUUGAAACAAGAGGAGAAAUAUAUGUGGGCUAUUGUUGAUGGUGUUAAAGAGAAGGUUGGAAAUUUCAGAGUUGAACCUCCUGGAUUGUUCCGUGGCCGCGGAGAGCAUCCCAAGAUGGGAAGAUUGAAAAAACGUAUUCAUCCAAGCGACAUAAUAAUUAAUAUUGGAAACGAUGCACCAAUCCCUGAAUGUCCUAUUCCUGGUGAACGCUGGAAGGAUAUAAGACAUGACAAUACAGUUACAUGGCUAUGCUAUUGGAAUGACCCAAUUAAUCCAAAGCUAUUCAAGUAUGUGUUUCUGGCAGCUAGUAGUUCCUUGAAGGGUCAAAGUGACAAGGAAAAGUAUGAGAAGGCUAGGAUGUUGAAGGAUUAUAUAGCGAACAUCAGAGCGGCAUACACAAGAGAUUUUACUAGCAAGGAUAUUGCAAAGCAGCAGAUAGCUGUUGCUACUUAUCUCAUUGAUAAACUGGCUCUGAGGGCUGGUAAUGAGAAGGAUGAUGAUGAAGCUGAUACUGUUGGCUGCUGCACAUUAAAAGUAGAGAAUGUGACAAGAGAAGCCCCCAACAAAUUGAAGUUUAACUUCCUCGGUAAAGAUUCAAUCAAGUAUGAAAAUACAGUUGAGGUUGAGCUUCCUGUUUAUAAUGCAAUUUUGAAGUUCCAAAAAGAAAAAGGCCCUGGUGAUGAUCUCUUUGACAAGCUGGAUACAAGUAAAUUAAAUGCUCAUCUAAAGGAACUCAUGCCUGGUUUAACAGCAAAAGUCUUCCGUACGUUCAAUGCAUCUAUCACAUUGGAUGAUAAGUUGAAUAAGGACACUAAAGAUGGAGAUGUUGCGGAAAAGAUUGUUGUUUAUCAGCAUGCAAAUAAACAGGUUGCAAUCAUUUGUAAUCAUCAACGGAGUGUUUCAAAAUCUCACAGUGCACAAAUGACAAAAUUAAAUGAGAAAAUUGAUGAACUUCAGGCUGUUCUGAAGGAGCUGAAAAUAGAUUUGGACAGGGCAAGGAAAGGAAAGCCCCCUUCAAAGAGUUCAGAUGGAAAAAGCAAAAGGAACUUAUCUCCCGAAGCGCUAGAGAAAAAGAUAUCUCAAACAAAUGCAAAAAUUGAGAAAAUGCAACGUGAUAUGAAGACAAAAGAAGAUCUUAAAACUGUAGCGUUAGGCACAUCCAAGAUAAACUACCUUGACCCCAGGAUUACAGUUGCCUGGUGCAAGAGGCAUGAGGUUCCUAUUGAAAAGAUUUUCAACAAAUCUCUGCUGGCAAAGUUUGCUUGGGCAAUGGAUGUGGACCCUGACUGGAGAUUCUGAGAUCUGUAGAAUGUUGAGAUGCUGGGUUGAAAACAUUUCUUUUUUAUUUUCUAUAAAAAUUAAUUAAAGUCAAUGUUGUAAGUUAAUCUAAUCUAAUAGUAUGGGGCGAGUUGCCCUUUCUCCUUUGACCUGUUUACUGCUUAAACAGUCAACCAUUCAUAGUUACGAUUUUAAUAUUAGAUACCCAUUGCCAAAUGUGGAAAAAAUGAGGUAAAGUUUUGUUGUCAUUCUUUUA